AUGCCGUGUUCAGGCACCAGGCUCCUGCUCGAAUCCCACCACCCCACAGUACACUCACACGCACGCACGCGUGCACAGAAUAAACUCAAAGAACUGGCCCUGCAGCCACACCAGAGCCUGUUUUCUGCCCUUCUUUGGCCGCAGCCCUUCUUUGCUGAGAUCUUCACCGUGUUUGACUCUGAUGGAAACGGCACUGUCACCCGCCAGGAGCCGCAGGAGGCACUGACCCUGCUCACCGAUAGCAUCCCGGACAAACUCAAAUUCCUCUUCCAGGUGUCAAUGUCGGCUCCUCAAGCAAGUGUGUCUUCUGGGCAGAUGGGCUUGGAAGUUCAGGUUCUUAGAGAGGAGACUGCAGGCUCUGGGGAAAGGCAGGCACCGAGCCAAGAUCCUCCCUGCCUAGGGGCGGGGUUAUCUCUGUUGGGCUACAGCAGGGGGCCACGGAAGGUUUCUGAACUGAGGGUGACAUGUGUCCUUGACUGCCUGGUCUAUACCCCGGAAAGGGAGUUGGUCGGUUGGCGGAAGCUGGAGGUGGGUGGGCAGGAAAAAGCUCAGCCCUGGAUGGUACGGUUGGGCAGGGCAGGGGGCCCCCACUCGGCCUCCUGCCCACCUGGGACACGCAGCGGCACGAAUGAUGGGGAUGAGCUGCUCCCCAGGUGGUGGUGCCUGCGUGCCAGCGCCAUCCCGCUGCCCCGCGACAAGCUGGACCGGCUCACGCUAGCGCGCUUCCAGGCGGCCGGCGAGGGCCGGGGCGCCUUCGCCUUCGACGGGCUCCGGGACGAGCUGCAGCGCUUCUGUGGGGUCACGGAGAACCUGACCAGCAGCGCUGGGUGCCGGCUGACGCCCCCUGCAGCCCGGCCGCGCCCGCGCCGUCCUCGCCCUCUGACCGCAGCCUAUCCGCACAACCACCGCAGGCAGCUGCUCUGCCGGGCCGCCUACGCCGGCCUCCACGUGCUGCUCUUGGCGUUGACGGGCAGCGCUCACCGAGAGCGCGGCCCCAGCGUCAUGGUGGCCAGGGGCGGUGGCCAGUGCCUCCGUUUUGGCUGCAGCUUCAUCGCAGGUGUGCGGAUGCUCAGGUCCUGCCUCACGUGGCUGUGGGCCAUGUGGCUGGCUCAGGUGCUGCCGCUCCACCAGAACGUCCAGUUCCACCAGUUCAUGGGCUGCACGGUGGUUAGGCCCUCCCUACACACGGUGGCCCAUGUUGUGAACUUCGCACUCCUGGCUCAGUCCGAGGCCAGCCUCCAUGUCUGGGAACUGCUGCUCACCACCAGGCCUGGUACUGGCUAGGCCCACUGCUCGGCCUCCCCAACCUGUGUGGUGCUGCUCCUCCUCACGCCUGUCUGCUCCAGCUCCUGCAUCCACAGGAGAGGCUGCUUUGAGGUGCCUGGCCAUUGCCCCUUUGCGUCUCCCAGGCUGGGCUCCCACUUUCAUCUCAUGUGGGGCACCCUCUCAUUUACUCCAGAGCCCAGGAAGGUCCCAGAUACCAUCUGGCUGCACAUUUGGUCCCAAGGCCAGUACAACAGGCUGUAUGAGUCCUUAAAGGCAUCAGACCGUGGUUCUGGCUCCAAGAGGCGGUUGACGAGCUUUAGGAUGGGAAGAAGCCAGAGGAGGACCCAGGUAGGUGGCUCCAGGGAUGGAAGGGUUCACUAUGGAGGUGAAUCCAGAGGGUUUGCCGCCGCCUCAGUCCCUCUGCUCUGGGGCCACACGGGGAGCAGUGACCUCCAGCAAGGACCCCUGCAGAACGGGAGGCUCUCCAGGGUGGGGGGCCCAAGGUCCGGCACACGCAGGGACAGAGGAGGGGACUCGGGCACAGUGGGGAGCUGCGGCCAAGGACCAGGGCCUGGGAAGGCAGAGGAAGCUGGGACUGGAGGCCGGAGAGCCAGUGACGUGCCCCCCUGGGAGGGGGUCCUUGUGAGCACCGCCUUCAGGAAGCAUCACCCAUUUCGUGGUGUUGCUGCAGCCCAUCACCUGCGUGCCACCUUCCCACCUUUUGGCAUCUUCAUUUUCCACCGUCUUCACUUUACACCAGCCCAGGAGGCCCCUGAGACGCGCCUGCCGCAUCCGCUGCCAGAGGCCCCCGGCUCUCCUGUCCAGUCCGCGCUGGUCUUUGAGAUGUCCUCUGAGAACCACCAAAUCGGCAACAUCAGGGCCAGGGGCUCCGGCGUGCAGUGCCGCAUCGAUGGCCCGUAUGGAACCCCCACCCCCAGGAUCUUUGCCGUGUGCACCGGGGCAGGCUUCAGCGUCACCCCCUCGAUUCCGUCCUGCGGAGCAUCAGGUGGGUCCUGUCAGCCCAUCCUUCCUCCCUGUCCCCGCACAGUUCUCUGGGGACCUGAGAAGUCUCAUACUCCCUCCCAGUUCGAACCCCUCCUCCUGUGUCCCCUCAGGCACCAGAGGACAAAGCACAUUUGCCCCAGCUGCCAGCACUGCCGGGUGGAGGGUGUCCAGGACAAAGACAUGAAGCGCCACCGGGUGGACUUCAUCUGGAUCAACUGAGACUUGUGGUCUUUCUAGUAGUUCGUGAGCCUCCUGACCGAACUGGAGGUGGAGCAGGCCGAGGGGACCCAGGGGAUAGGACGGGGUGGCUUCCUGGAGCUACAUAUGUACAUGACCUCCGCACUGGGCAGGAAUGACAUGAAGGCCAACCUCCUGGCCAGGAAGGAAAGGAAGGACUCCAUCCCAGGCCUCCAGACACACACCCAGCCUGGGCGGCCUGACUGGAGCCUGCAGGGGCCAGCAUUCCAGGAAGUGACCACAGAGAAGAAGGGCAAGGCACAGGUUCUCUUCUGUGGCUCCUCAGCGCUGGCCAAGGUGCUGAAGGGUCAUUGUGAGCAGUUCAACUUCAAAAUUUUUCAAGAGAACUUCUAUCCCCGCCUCUCCAAGCUCUGCCCAGACCCACAUCGCCAGCCAGCUUGA